CGCGCCGCCAAAAAUUCAAAAUAGCCGCCAUGGGACGAGGCCGCUACGACAGAGCUCCGCCGUCAGAAGAACGGCCAACCGGCGGUGCAGACAAACCCAAAAAACGUCAGCUUUAUGAAUGUGAUCAUCGUAUCGCCGUGAGGCAGAAGUUCCGAUCAUCAAACGGCGAGACCAAACAGGAAACUGAAACCCUAACCAGUAGUAGCUCAGUGGUUUUGAAAACCUGUUCCUCUUCUCACAACCGCGGCCAUGCCGAUCGAAUUAAGAGAAAGAGGAAGCUUAGGAGAAAGAAAAAUAAGUUACUCGAUGCCAAGGACGGUCGCCGGUGGACCUAUUCGACUAGUGAUUUUUCUAAAUGCAAAGAUAGGAUAGUUUUUGUCUCAUACAAUAUAUUAGGAGUUGGAAAUGCAUCGAAGCAUCCGGAUUUGUACCGUAAAGUACCACCAGAGUAUUUGAAUUGGGAUUAUAGAAAACGGAUUUUGUAUAAGGAAAUCAAGAGUUACAAGGCCGGCAUUAUGUGUUUGCAGGAGGUGGAUAGGUUUGAGGAUUUAGGUCAUCUUCUCAAAAAAAAUGGGUUUAAGGGAGUCUACAAGGGGCGAACUGGUGAAGCAUUAGAUGGAUGUGCCACAUUUUGGAAUGCUGACCUGUUUACCCUAUUGCAUGAAGAGAGCAUAGAAUUCCAGAGUUAUGGUCUACGCAAUAAUGCUUGCCAGAUUUGCGUUUUCAAGAUGAACAGUGACAGAAAUUCCCAAGAACCUACAAAGUGUCCUUCUCGAAGUUUUGUUGUUGGGAAUAUACAUUUACUCUUUAAUCCAAGUCGUGGAGACAUCAAACUGGGUCAGAUGCGACUUUUUCUUCAAAAGGCCCACACACUAUCACACGAGUGGGGUAACAUUCCAGUUGUGAUUGCUGGAGAUUUUAAUAGUAUGCCACAGAGCCCAAUGUAUCAGUUUCUGACUUCCUCAGAGUUGAAUAUCCAGCUACAUGAUCGAAAGCAAAUAUCUGGCCAGAUUUGUCCAUUGGAUCACUCCUCUCAGAAUAAUGGUUAUCUGGCAGCAAGUGGUUUUGCUUCAAGAUACCCAUCACUAUAUAGAUGGACUGAAGAUGAACUUAGGCUUGCUUCAGGAUCAGCUUCAGGUCACCUGAGGCACUCUUUGAAGCUAUGCAGCACUUAUGUAGGAGUUCCUGGAAGCACUCAAACAAGGAAUUAUAUGGGGGAGCCUUUGGCAACAUCAUUUCACUCCAAGUUCAUGGGAACCGUGGAUUAUAUAUGGUGCCAUUCUCCUUGCUGCUCAUUGUUUGUCUUUCACCUACCUUACCACCCUUUUUUUUAGCUUUGUUCUCAUCGUAAAUAAAGCCAUGCAGGCAUACAGGGGAGUUUCUUCCUGUCAGAGUUCUUGAAACAUUACCCUUCAACGAAUUACAAGAAACGGGUGGUCUUCCAAGUAAGCAAUGGGGAAGUGACCAUCUCGCUAUUGCAUGCGAACUUGCCUUUUCUGAGGAUGGACCAGCAGGAUAAUUUUCGUCAUGCUUCCAAAAGUCCCAAACUCUUCUGGUUGAAAGAUUGAAGAAUUGCGACUUUAUUGACAUCCUUUCCAGCGUCAGGGGAAAGCAUAAUCCUCUUUUUACUUGUGAUUAUACUCCUUCUGCACAUGACCGAAUAUGCAGAUUUAAUUUGGUCUAGAAAUGAACUGCUAAGUUUAAAUCAUGUAGGUCGGACGCUAAUUUUCCAUAGGCAUAGAGUUAGGACUUAGGAGUCUUAUUUGUCUCUCUUUUUUUUUUCUUUUUUUUCUUUUUGCUUAGCAGGGAAAAUAUACAAGUUCUCCUACAAAGGAGUCUUAUUUGUCUCUAAUUAUGUUAGGUUUUGUCCACUAUUUAAGACGAUUGGCUCUGAAUUCUGUUACCGAAAAAUCGUAUUCCUCUCUCAAAGUUAUUGUUCAAUUAGAAAUUUUAUUUUUAGUUCAAUUUGUACGAAAAAUAAAAAUUUAAAGUGGACAAUAUUUUUGAGACGAAAAGAAUGUUAUUAAGUGUUUUUGUGACCGUA